AACAAUUUCCUUUAUUGAAAAUUUAAAAUAUCAGCUUUCUAGCCGUUGAACCUCGGUCCCCCUUGUCUAUCUUUGCAACAACCAGACUGAAGCUCAUUCUUUGGUUUAAUCAUUUUUGCCUAUUAGAUUUGAACACCAAAUCAUCAAUUUUAUUUUUAUUUUUUCACAAACCAGAUCAAAUUUACAUCUGAAUCUUUUCUGGGUGGAAAAUAAAAGUGAAAAAGAAUGAAGAGUGUGAAAGGAAAGCUCUUGAAGAAGCUGAAAUCAAUCAAACCAGUUGAUUACCUAAAGCCAGAUCGAGUUCUUCAAGUAUUAGCAAUAGAUGGGUUUAUUGAUUCUUGUCCGAAGAUUCCAUAUCCCAACGAACAACCCAAGUUGUUCUGCAAAGAAUCAGAGCAAGGCAAGAUUAAAGACAGCUGUGUAACAGUUGAAGAACAGCCUGAAAUCAUUGAUGUAGCAGAGCUAAUGAAAGAUCUUGAAGCGGAAGACGACGAUGAAGAAAUGGAUUUGAAUGAUGAGGUUGAGGACAAAGAGAAUAAUAGGCCAACAAUGAAGGCAAAUAUUGAUGUAGUUGUUGAGAAAGAGAAUGUGAAUGUGAAUGUGAAUGUGAAUGUUCCCAUGAAACUUGAGACGAGGAAAUUUAUGCAGGACGCCCCAUUAUCAGAGAUUGAUGUCUCGUCGUUUCGGAAACCGGAUUUGAAUUCUUGUACACUCUUUGACCCUAACCUACUGGCUGCCUUCGAACAAGCGGUGAAGGAGCAUAUGAAGAUGAGUGAAGAAGAGAGAAAAGCAAGAAUAUUUGAGCAUGAGAAUGUUCAUGAAAACAGCCUUGAAAAGAGCGAAAACGAGCCCCCAUAUAAAACUCGUCGGAUUGAUGAUAAUGUUGAUGGUGUUGAUGGUGAUGGUGAUCCACUGUUGGAAUAUGUAGAGAAGUGUCCUCCUGGAGGUGAUGGAUCAGUCAUUCUUUACACAACGACUCUCAAGGGAAUAAGAAAGACUUUCGAGGAUUGCAACAGCGUUCGGUUUCUGUUGGAGAGUUUCGGGGUGAUUUUCUACGAAAGAGAUAUGUCGAUGCAUACAGAAUACAAGCAAGAGUUGUGGAGGAUUUUGGAUGGAAAAGUAAUGCCACCAAGGCUUUUCAUAAAAGGGAGAUAUAUUGGUAAAGCUGAAGAUGUUCUUGCUUUGCAUGAGCAAGGGAAGCUUAAGGUGCUCUUUCAUGGCAUUCCUGUUGAUAGAUCCAAUGGCCCUUGUGAAGGCUGUGCUGGAUUCAGGUUUGUACUUUGUUUCAAGUGCAAUGGUAGUCAUAGAAUCAUUGCUGAUGAUGGGUUGUCGAGUAAAUGCCUGCAGUGCAAUGAGAAUGGUUUGAUUAUUUGCCCCUUCUGCAGCUGAAAAAGAUUGUAACUGUGUUUUUUGCUUGCAUUCUCUUGAUUCUAUUUCUUUUUGGGUGUUAUUAUAGCCAUUCUUUUUCGAUUUCUUUGUUAUUUUUGAACAGGAAAUGGAAAUUGCAGAUACUACUGUAAAAGUGAUAAAUAUAAUUAAUCUAUCAUGAUUUGGAUCUUUCAAAAUUCAACAUUCUCUUCAGAUUCAGACAUA